AUGGCAUCGGAAUUAUCAUUACUUACGAGCACCUCAUUUCUCGAACGAGGGUCUCCAGAAGCUUUGAACGACCUCAGUCAGUCCACCUCGCCAGCGUCUAGUCCAUCAAUCGUUAGCCCUCAAGAAGCCAAAGUCCGUGACUGGGAGGACCAGGGAAGAUAUAGCCCUGGAGCCGUGGUGGCUGGCCGCCUAGCUGGUCUGGCAAUACGGGGCGAUUUCCACCACCAGCUCCCCGAUCGCAGUCUCCACCAUAGUACCACUUUUAUACCUUUUCUGCAGGCGAAUCGCCUUUCCAACAGAUCAACCCUUCAUGGCUCUCAUGACAUGCACGAAUCGGACUCUUCUGAAGCUACAGAGCUCCUUUCUCCUUCGCUAAUCAACCGUGCCCCUACUCCAACUCCGACCGGAAGCGCCGAGCCUCAGCCCGAAAUUCCAGAAACGCCCGUGAACACCUUGAGGCAACCAUCUAUAAGCCCGCGAAAGAGAAAAAGUGCUCCCGCGUCUGCCAAAGUGCGCAAUCCGAGCAGAUCGCCAUCACCUCCUGGUGCCAAGGUCGAGGAUCUGCUUACUUGGAGCGACUCUGAAAUAACCGGUCACGACCCGACCGAUCCAGACGACGAUGGCUACGGUAUAAACGGCAUAGGCUUCAAGCCUACCGCGGCAAUAGCUUGGGCUAGGUCGCAGAAGAGGAAGCAGCAGGUUGCGGAAUGGAAAAAUCGAGAAGCGAGAGAAGCGCGCGAGAGGCGAAGAGAGCGCCGUGUUGGCGACAACAUGAAUAAGUUGCGAACGGUCCACUCAGGCGCCAUACAAAAGAAGGUCAAAUUCGACGUUUGA